CCGGGGCCGGGCGCCUCCAACCACCACCACCACCACUGCCGGUAGUUCCAUCCAUGACGACGUUUGCUCCGACGUAGUGACAGCUUCCGUCCUUGGGAUUCCUUCACCACUCCCCGUCUUGUCAUCCAAUGACGCUGUGGUGCCGUCACCAUCUCUAGCAGCCUCUCCGCCGCCGUCGCGCAUCCCAAUUGCUAGUAACAUCGACACACACGAGGCGGCACAGUGUCGUCACCCCCGUGUGCGACCUGCAAUCAACCUAUCGCCCCCAGCGUUUCCUCAACACCAACGGCCAAGUCACCUCGACCGACGACGGGCGCGAGGCCUGCAUUCUGCACCAUCAUCCCAAAGCUGCGACCUGCUCGUCCACCAUUGCCGUCGCCGUCGCCCUCGCCCUCGUUCGCGCCCUCGCCUCGCCAUGGCCUCCGGCCCCAACACCCGCCGCAACACGGCCAUUGCGGCGUCGGUGCUCUACUUCCUCACCAUCCCCUUCCUCAUCCUCGUCCUCAUCGGCAACACGAGGAUGUCGUCGUCCGUCCUGACCGACAUCUACUUCUUCAAGCUCGACGUCUCGCAAAUCAUUCCCAUCGCCGUCGCCAACUCGAACCUGCUCAACUCGGUCGCCAGGAGCCUCGGCCUGCACGACUUUUACUCGGUCGGCCUGUGGAACUUUUGCGAGGGCUACAAUGACGAAGGCGUCACAUACUGCUCCACGCCCACCCAGUUCUACUGGUUCAACCCCGUCGAGAUCCUCGUCAGCGAGCUCCUCGCCGGCGCCAAGAUCGCCCUGCCCUCGCAGGUCGAGACCAUCCUCACCCUGCUGAGGAUCGGCUCCCAGGUCAUGUACGGCUGCUUCAUGGCCGGCACCGUCGUCAACUUCGUCCUGAUAUUCGCCUCCCCCCUCGUCAUCCGCACCCGCUGGUUCACCCUCCUCUUCGGCGCCAUCGCCCUGGGCUCCGCCGUCGUCCUCGUCGUCGCCGCCGUCAUCGCCACCGUCAUCAGCGUCGCCGCCAAGAUCGCCCUCACCGCGCAGGACCAGCUCAACCUCCAGGCCGUCAUCGGCGUCAAGAUGUUCGUCUUCAUGUGGAUCGGCGCCGUCUUCACCGUCGUCGCCUUCCUGCUCCACGCCGGCAUGGCGUGCUGCUGCAAGCCCAACAGGGCCCCUCGGCACUCCGAGUCGCACAGGGACAGCUCCGAGGAGAAGCCUUCCAAGGUGGCCCUGCCCAGCUUUGUGCGUCGGAGGAGGGGUGCCGCGGCUGCGUCAUGAAGACCCGCCACCUCGCGUUGCGUGACGACUAAGUCAAUCUGUUGGGAUAGAACCAGGGUCGUGCUUUGCGCCCUGGAUGCUUGGUAAUGGGGAUAGACGGAACUUGGAAGCGAUUUGGGCAUGUUUAUGCCAAACACAUGGUCAUAGACGGAGUCAAGGGAUCGAAGAGAUACAAAAGAAAUUACUAAUUGUAGUACAGUUGUACAUGUCCAAUCGAGGUAUGCAAAACUCGACGCCAGACGCCAAUGAUGACGAUGACCAAACCCUUCAACUCUCCAAGUCCCGCCAAAAAAAAUCCAAAAAUCAAAAAUCAAAAAUCCAAACUGACGAAACGCCGUUCCCCCGAAUCCCCCAAACCCCCGGAACCCCGUCUCCGCAAUGUUCCCACCAUCUCCCGUCUGUCUCCUCCCCCGUCGCCAUCACAGGCCCUCAGCCUCGCCGCCCCCCUUUCCCGGCAACGUCACCUUGCCCCUCAGAGUGCCGCACUUGCGCGCCCCCAGGCACAUGUUGAUGGCCAUGCACAUGGCCUUGUGCUGGCCGCCGCUGACCGAGUCCAUGGUGAUCCAGUUGGGGUACGACUGGUCGGUGAGCGAGUCCCAGAGCACGUCGUAGAGGGUGGUCCACGCCGACUCGUUGAGGUCCGUGAUGGAGGUGACGGGGGCGAUGACCUGCCCCGUCGACUGGGUGAGGAUCCACUCCAUGUUGAAGAUGGUCGUGUCGCGGCGGGAGCGCAGGCUGGCCAGGUGCGCCAGCUCGUCCUCCAUCAUGUCGCGCACGUUGUUCUUCUCGGACCAGCGGCCGCGAAGGGGGAAGUUGCGGUCCGUGGCGAAGCCCUCGCGCCCGCCAGGGAACUUGACGGCCGGGUGGUUGUCGAGCCACGCGCUGUGGACGCGCACGAUGACGGCCGGCUUGCCCUUGCCGAUGAAGCGCUCGAGCGGCCACUUGGUCACGUCCUCGCCGUCCGGGAUGACGAUGCGGUGCUCGAGCUUCUGGAGCAGCUCGUACAAUGCGUUCAUCUCCCAGUCGUUGAGGGGUUCCCAUCCGCGGUCCGCGCUGCGCGAGUCCGGGUGCAUGUCCAGGAUGAAGAGCUCGCCGGGCGCGUCGCGGUUGAAGUCGUUGACGAUGUCGAUCAUCUCCUCGAGGCCGGCGCCGAACAUGCCCUGCCACGUGCCUUUCACCUCCGAGGCGUGGCUCUCGCGGAAGUGGUCGUGCCACCUCGUGGCGCGGACGUCGAGCACGCGGAUUCCGCCCUCGCGUAUCUGCCUCCCGAGGUCUUCCUUCUGCGUCACCGUGUUGACGCGGAUGCCGGACCCGAUG